GCGGGGCGAAGGCGAGGAGGGAUGCCGGCGUUCUGGAGGGCCGUGCGCGGGCUGCCGGGCCCCCUCCGCGCCCCGCUCUCGCUGCUCUUCCCGAGCGGGGCGGCCCAGGGCGGCGCCCGGCGCGUCUCCGGCUCUGCAGAUGUCAAUAGUUUUGUUUCCCGGACCAAAACUUGUGGGGAAUUGCGCUCUGCUCAUGUAGGUCAGGAGGUCACCCUGUGUGGAUGGAUUCAAUAUCAGAGACAGCAGCAGUUUGUGGUUUUGAGAGACUUCCAAGGACUCACCCAGAUUAUCAUACCUCAGGAUGAGGCAGCUUCCCAUUUGAGGAAGAUCUUGUAUGACACUCCAGUUGAAUCCGUAGUGAGGCUGACUGGAACUGUUGUCCCCCGGCCUCCAGGACAGACAAACCCCAGAUUGCCUACAGGUGAUAUUGAAGUUAAGGUGAAAACAGUAGAGAUCCUGAACUCCUGUAAGAAACUUCCUUUUGAAAUAAAAGACUUUGCCAAGAAAACGGAGGCCUUGCGAAUGCAGUAUCGCUAUUUGGACCUGCGGAGCGCCCAGAUGCAGUACAACCUACGAAUGAGGUCCCAGGUGGUGAUGAGAAUGCGGGAAUACCUCUGCAAUCGUCAUGGCUUUGUGGAUGUGGAAACGCCAACACUAUUCAAGAAGACUCCAGGGGGUGCAAAGGAAUUCGUGGUGCCCUCACGAGAGGCUGGGAAGUUUUACUCACUGCCCCAGAGUCCUCAGCAGUUUAAGCAGCUGUUGAUGGUAGGAGGCCUGGACAGGUACUUCCAAGUAGCCCGCUGCUAUCGAGAUGAAGGGUCCAAGCCAGACAGGCAGCCUGAAUUCACUCAGAUUGAUAUUGAGAUGUCAUUUGCAGACCAAGCUGGGAUUCAGGCUUUAAUUGAGGGCUUGCUGCAGUAUUCCUGGCCUGAGGAGAAGGGACCCAUCAGAAUACCUUUUCCAUCCAUUACCUAUGAUGAAGCUCUGGCCACCUAUGGGACCGAUAAGCCAGACACUCGCUUUGAAAUGAAGAUCAUUGAUGUCACUGAUGUGUUCAGGAAAACAGAAGUUGGAGUUCUGCAGAAAUCUCUCAAUGAGCCCCGGGGCACCGUCAGAGCCAUUUGCAUUCCGCAGGGAGCGAAACAUCUUCGGAAUAAAGAUUUGGAGUCAUUAAAUGAAUUGGCAAAAUCCCAGUUUAACCAGGGAAUAUUGCACUUCAUUUUGAGGUCUGAUGGCAGCAUGAAGUCCGCACUUGGUAAGUUCCUGAAUGAAGAACAAAAACUGGAGCUUGUCAGAGCAGUUCAGGCCAAUGUGGAUGACGUCGUGUUGCUGGCAGCUGGAGAGCAUGAGAAAGUGUGUUCUACAUUGGGAAAGUUGCGCUUGGAGGCUGCUGAUCUUCUGGAAGCAAGAGGCCUGUCCCUUCGCAACCCCUCUGCCUUUCAUUUCCUAUGGGUGGUGGAUUUCCCCCUUUUCCUCCGGAAAGAAGAAAACCCCAGGCAGUUGGAGUCAGCUCACCAUCCCUUCACUGCCCCCCACCCUUCUGAUGAGCACCUCCUCUAUACAGAUCCUGCCAAGGUCCGUGGGCAGCACUAUGAUCUGGUGCUUAAUGGUAAUGAGAUUGGAGGUGGCUCCAUUCGAAUACACAGCACAAAGCUGCAGCGUUUCAUUCUUGAGACAGUGCUGAAGGAGGACACAGAGCUGCUUUCUCACCUGCUUGAAGCACUGGACAGUGGGGCACCUCCGCAUGGAGGAAUAGCAUUAGGACUUGACAGGCUGAUUUGCCUUCUAGUAGGUGCUGCAAGUAUUCGAGAUGUCAUUGCCUUCCCCAAAUCGUUCAAGGGAAGAGACCUGAUGUGCAAUUCUCCAGAUUACAUUGCCCCAGAAGAGCUUGAACCGUACCAUGUCAAGAUUGCAGAGCCCAUGCCAGAAGUGAAAGUGAAAAGUAACUGACUACUGUACAUGACAGAAAUGAAGAGUAAAACAUCCAGUAGUGAACCCAUUGGAUUUUUGGAACUGUUAAGAUGGCCUCCUGUACUUACUUUUGAUGGGAAAAUGGAGCACUUCACUCUAUAGCAGAUCCCUUUGAGCAUGUCUGCUGGAGAAAUCAAGCACUAGUGACUAGAUGGGUGCAUGAGAAAGGGCAUCAGGAUGAGGUGUUGUCCUGUCUGUCCCACUCAAAGGUUUUUAAAAAAUCAAUGACUUGAGCCAAGUGAAGGUUUGUAAGCACAGGCUAUAAUUCAUUUUUUAUUGCACGUUUUUGUACUAUUUUGUAAAACGCAGUAAAAACUAGUUGUAUGAUU